AUGGAUUUUUCAACUUGCAAUGAAUCUGCUGAACUUGAACUCCUGCCACCUCCACCACAAACCAUUCAUCCCAAUAUUGUUCCUGUGAAAGCAGGAUUGGGAAAAGCAUACGAGCCUUUGAAGAAGAUAAAUAAUACAAAUCGUUUGCCAAUGGCCAGGAAAGAUAUUGGAUCAAAGGGACAGAAGAUACAACUCUUGGCAAACCAUUUUAGAGUUGGCAUGCGCAAGAAAGAUGGUUUCUUCUACCAAUAUAGUGUUGCAAUGUUUUAUGAAGAUGGGAACCCGGUUGAAGUGAAGGGUAUUGGUAGAAAGGUCAUGGAUAAACUUUGUGCAACCUAUGAUGAAUUACAAAAUAAUGAUUUUGCAUAUGAUGGGGAGAAAAGCUUGUUCACUGUUGGUUCUCUACCAGAUAAGAAGCUGAAAUUCCUUGUUGUGUUAGAAGAAAUUUCAUCAAAGAGGAUUGGAGAGAAUGGAGGCCCUCACGGCCCUAAUGAAGGAGACACUAAGAGAAUGAGGCGCCAAUCGCGGUCCAAAACCUUCAAAGUUGAGAUUAAUUAUGCAGCCAAAAUCCCAAUGCAAGCAAUUGUUAAUGCAUUACGAGGUCAGGAUUCUGAUAACUUCCAGGAAGCAUUGAGGGUUCUGGACAUUAUACUGAGGCAGCAUGCAGCAAAGCGGGGUUGUCUUCUUGUUCGCCAGUCCUUCUUUCAUGACAAUCCAAGGAAUUAUUCUGACCUCGGAGGUGGUGUUCUAGGUUGCCGUGGCUUCCAUUCAAGCUUCCGAGCCACUCAAGGGGGUUUAUCUCUGAAUAUAGAUGUGUCAACUACAAUGAUUCUACAGCCUGGUCCUGUACUGGACUUCCUUUGCCUGAAUCAGAAUGUUAAGCAUCCUAACUCAAUUGAUUGGAUCAAGGCAAAAAGAAUGCUGAAGAACCUCAGAAUCAAGGCUAAUAAUAUUGAGUACAAAAUCACUGGACUGAGUGAUCAACCCUGCAGGAGCCAGACAUUUUUACUAAAACAUGGAAAGGAUGCUAAUGGAGAAGUGCUGUCAAGUGAAAUCACAGUUUAUGAUUACUUCAAGCACCAUAAAAAGAUUGAAUUGCGCUGUUCUAAUAUGCCAUGCAUCAAUGUUGGCAAACCAAAGCGCCCGGCUUAUUUUCCAGUGGAGCUAUGCACCUUGGUCCCAUUGCAGCGGUACACCAAGGCUCUGACAAAUUUGCAAAGGGCUCAGCUUGUGGAGAAGUCAAGGCAAAGGCCUAAUGAAAGGAAAGCAUCUUUGGAAGAUUCGUUAAGAAACAGCAGAUAUGGUAAUGAGCCUAUGCUUCUGUCUUCUGGAAUUACCAUUGAACCUAUGUUGAACAAAAUUGAAGGCCGUGUUCUGCCAGCCCCAAGUCUUGUAGUUGGAAGAGGAGAGAACUUUAUUCCCCGUGGUGGGCGCUGGAACUUCAACCAUAAGAAACUAAUUGAGCCUGUGAAGAUUGAGCAUUGGGCCAUUGUAAACUUCUCAACUCGGUGUGAUAUAGUAUACCUGUGUAACACCCUUAAGAAAUGUGCUGACAUGAAAGGGAUUCACUUAAAUGCUCCGAACAAAGUAUUUGAUGAGGAUCAGAGCUACAAACGUGAGCCAGCCAAUGUAAGGGUUGAAAAAUUGUAUACAUACGUAAAGUCCAUGCUGCCUGGGUUCCCUCAACUUCUGUUGUGUAUUCUUCCAGAGAGAAAGAAUUCUGAGCUUUAUGGUCCUUGGAAAAGGAGAAGUCUUGCUGAUGAAGGGGUUGCAACACAAUGUAUUGCACCAGUAAAGAUUAAUGAUCAGUACAUUACUAAUGUUCUCUUGAAAAUAAAUGCAAAGCUUGGUGGGAUUAAUUCCAAAUUGUCAAUAGAGAAUUCACGUUCCAUACCUUUUGUUUCUAAUGUACCUACCUUAAUUCUUGGUAUGGAUGUUUCACAUGGUUCGCCUGGUCGAUCAGAUGUGCCAUCUAUUGCUGCGGUUGUCAGCUCAAGAUGUUGGCCUGAAAUUUCACGUUAUAGAGCAGCAGUUCGCACUCAAUCAUCCAAAGUUGAGAUGAUUGCAUCUCUAUUUAAGCCUGUUUCUGAUACUGAGGAUGAGGGUAUCAUAAGGGAGCUGAUUAAGGACUUCAAAAAUACUUCAGGACAUAAGCCUCAACAAAUUAUAAUUUUCAGGGAUGGAGUGAGUGAAUCACAGUUCAACCAGGUCCUGAACAUCGAGUUGAAUGAUAUCAUUAAGGCAUGCAAUCAUCUUGAUGAACGGUGGUGUCCAAAAUUCACUGUGAUUGUUGCCCAGAAGAAUCAUCACACUAAGUUCUUCCUGCCCAGUGGUGCAGAGAAUGUUCCACCUGGCACUGUUAUUGACAACAGUAUCUGCCAUCCCAAAAACAACGACUUUUACAUGUGUGCACAAGCUGGGAUCAUGGGGACAACUAGACCUACCCAUUACCAUGUUUUGCAUGAUGAGAUCGGGUUCUCCGCAGAUGCUGUGCAAGAACUAGUGCAUCAGCUAUCUUAUGUUUAUCAAAGGAGCACAACUGCCAUAUCAUUAGUUGCCCCCAUUUGCUAUGCCCACUUGGCAGCUGCCCAGAUGGCACAAUUCAUGAAGUUUGAUGAACUGUCUGAGACUUCAUCCAGCCACGGUGGAUUGACAUCUGUUGGAGUCCCUCUAGUUCCUCAGUUGCCCCGUCUUCACGAAGAAGUCACCAACUCCAUGUUCUUUUGUUAACAUUUUACUUAUGAGUUGAAUGCUACCACAAGGAACAUUUUUUUUUUUGGUAUAUAUUACC